UACAGGGAGGAAUAGCCCUUAAUUAAGAUGGCAAUACGAUGUUCUUCUCUGAAGGCGUGCCCGUAAAACAUGUGACAACAAGAUUGGCAAGUGAUUGGUUUACGCUUGCUCUAACAGUUAAACUGAGCAGAGAGCCUACCCGGGCCUAAAAACGCACUGUAUGCUGGGUAGGUGGAGGACGACUGGCUUCGGCAGGUUUUGACAGCAGCUGCGAGGUGACGGAAAUGGAACCCAGAGGAGCUAAUGUUGAAAAGAAAGGGCCUUAUCUUAUGGGCAAAGGGCCAACAAUUCAAGCCAAGUUACAGAGGCAGCGGGAUUUGGCCCGUGCAUCCCUUAGGAAGAAGGGUGUGCUAGGACCGACAGGCAAAGGGCACCCUGCAUCAAAGAGGUCAGUGAAGUUUAAUAAGGGAUAUGCAGCCCUCAGCCAGGCCUCUGAUGAAACACUUGUGUCCCUGGAUUCAGACAGUGAUGCAGAGCUAGAAUCCAGGUGUUCAUCUGGAUAUUCUUCAGCUGAGGUCUCACAAGAGCUUAAUCGCCAGCUCCUUCAGGAUGGCUACCAUUUGGAUGAAAUACCAGAUGAUGAGGAUCUUGAUUUGAUUCCACCAAAACCUGUGCGCUCUUUACCCUGCUCCUGUUGCCUGGGGGAAUCUUGGUCCUGCUGUAUCCAGUAAAGUAUUUUAGGGAGAGUAUGAAUGCUCUUAUCGGUUACGUACCACUUCUGCUUUCUCUGAUCCUGGAGGAUCGUUGAACAGGAGUCUGCACUGAAUUGAUCAUUAUAUUGAAGACCUAUGCCAUGCAUAGUAAGUACUAAUCUUACAAAUGUAAAACAUUAACCAAAGAGCUUCUCAUUGUUACAAAGGAUGUUGCUCUCAGAAGUUCCAUAUUGUAACAUGAAAACACGUGAGAACCUAUAGAAGCAGCUGCCCUCAAUUUCACAGGACACAAAUGGCCUACUUCAGUGUAUCCAUGGCGAUAUAUGUAAAAAUAUGUUAAUUUGUAGCAUGUCUUGCUUAAUGGAACAUUUGAAGAAAUUGGUUUUCUGUUGCACGUGGCUGGAAUUGGCUGUGCUUCACUUGCAGUAUCCUGCAAUGGUUUUCUUAAUAUUACAGCUGGAUUCCUUUAUAUAACAUGAAAAGAAAGGGGUGGAAGAAAUUCAGUUUGGAUUUGAUUCAGCCCUUAAAAUUGACUUUGCAUUUAAAGAUAAUUUCAGCAUAUCUGGAAGAAGUAAAAGCCUCCUCACUGUUGUCAAGAGUAGUGCUUUACACGUUACUGGUAAUCGGACCGUCACAUGAUAUAUCGUACCACAAUUUGGCUACUGUUACGUUACGGCUUUGGAAUAAUACUGACUAAAUAGAAAGGAUUCCCUAUUUAUUUGGAAACCUGCUAUCUGUAUUCCUGAAUAUGUUGGUAAAAGCUGCUUUUGAGGGUAAGCACUCUUGGCUUCAAUAUGCUGGGGACAUUUGUACAUUCUUAGCUUGAGACUGAUUUAACAGUUUUAAUUUAUUUACUCUGAAUAAGCAAUUUGUAAAAGUAGACUUUAUCUUGCAGACUGUAUAUUUAUAUAUAUUUUUUGCAACUUUUUCUUUAAUAUAAGUAACCUCUUAAAGAAAAGUUAUUGUUACUUUGUUAAAUGUGCUGCCUAUGAAUAACUGAUGUCAAUACAAAUGGAUCAUAUAUGGUUUACUGUCCCUUUAAGUGAAAAUAGCGACAAAAGUUUGCUGUUGUAUGGCAGGGCUGUCCAUCUGGAGGACUUUGGGCCAGGUGUUGGCCUCCAAGGAAUUUGACGGGUCUCUGGACUGCUCAACUGGCCUCUUUGGAUGCCAGCAUCGUUUUAUUAUAGUAUAGCCACUGAACAUGUAACUGGCUCUUUAAUAAAUUAGUAGUGAUGGAUUGCAGAGCAGUGUUAUAAACAUUCUUAUGUGCAGGUCAGUCUAUGUAAUUGCUAGCAACACUCAUGAUUUUAAAGGUCAUGCUGCUCCAAUGAUUUCCAUAACACAGCACUUUGGGUCAGUUUCAAAGACAAUCCUUUUCCACAUUAUUAAACUAAUCCUAGUUCAGGACACAAGCCAACAGAUAUGUGUAGUGCCUACUUCAUACUAAAGUUUUCAGUCUGGUUAUAAUUACCAUAUAAUUACAUAGGGCCAAGUUUUAUGUUAGAAGUCAUGUUCGUAUAUGCAAUAUGGAGGAGAGGAGGAGGACUAAAAGAAAACCUUUACCUAUGGCAUAACAUGUAACCCCAUUACUAGUAUUUAACUGUUUAGCUGCAGGGACAUAUUGAGCAUUGCAGCAAAUUAUGUGGAGCAUAGUGGAGGGUGUCUCUACUGCUGGCUUAGUGACCGGGCAGUUUUUAUACUACACUUCAUUCCAGUGGAGUUGAACAGGGAGCAUGGAGAUGUCACAUUAAUACCACACUGACAUACAAAGAUGGCUAGUCAUUAGGCCCACAUUGCCUGAGAAUUCAUAGCUAGUCAUUUCAGCCCGCAUUGACUGUGAUGAAUUCAUGUGUGAAACACCCAUGUGAAAGAGACCUAAGAAUUUAAGAUUUUGGAAACACAUGCUCAGUCUUUACAGUUGUGAAUAAUAAACUUCCAGCUAAAAUACACGUCACCUCGCUAGAAAAAUCCCUUGGAAUAACAUUAAUUCAUUAUUUCAACCUGCAUUUUUGUCCAUUUGUGUCAUUACUACUAACACAAUGUGCAAGUGUCUGUUAUUUGUCCUUUAAAAGUGUAAUAUUCAUUUUAAAAGUUAUAGUGACACACAUUAAUUCCUUAAUAAGCAUGAUAUAUUGAAAUUGCUCUUAUGUUUGCCCCCCAGAAUUCCCCCCUCCCCUGCCCCCCGAAAUACAAUAAGACAAUUACACUUGUUUCUCACUAAGAAAAUGAUGUAUCGCAUAUCUGCAUCAUUGGCUACAGGUGAAAGCAGGUGCAUGAUGGGCAGGAAGCAAAUCAUUUUGCAGCUAUUUGCUGUGACAUUGCUUUAUCGCUGCUUUUCCCCAUCUGCCUCAUGAAUGCCUAUUGCAAUUAACUAACAAACUGCAUUAAAUUGGGUCACGCUGGACAACAUAAAUAGCCCUUGCGUAAAUAGCCCAAGUGUGGGUACACAUUGUGUACUAACACCAAAACAUAUGUACUUUAUUAAUCACUCACUAUAGACACACACGUUAUUGUAGGGUGCCUUAGAACCAGGACAAUCAAGCUUUUUUUCUGCAAAUAGGAAUAUAUUUGUAUUUUAAAAAAUAUAUAUAUAUUUUAAAAAAUGUUUUUAUAUUCAUAUUUUUGUAAAUGGAAUUCUAGCAUUUGUGCUUGAGAGACAAACUUGUGUCUGAGAACAAGUAUCAUGGGCAGGGAUUUUGUGGUGUCACUAAUGCUUAUUAGAAGCCCCAUAUUGGAUACCGUUGCCAGUAUGCAUUAGGGGAUGAAAAAAAAAAAUCCUUCCUCUCUCUGUAAUUGCACCAUGACAACAAUAAAAAAUAUUACAUUUUAAAA